AUGAAAGAUAGUGAAAAUAGUCAAAACGGUGUUACUGAGAAUGACGAUGUGGUCAAUCCAUGGGAAGUGAAAGCUGAAUCAAUGACCGGAGUCGAUUACGAUAAAAUAAUUGUUCGAUUUGGUUCAUUACAUUUGACUGACGACUUAGUGCAAAGAAUGCAAACAAUCAUUCAACGUCCUAUACAUCAUUUUAUUCGACGUCGAAUCUUUUUUUCUCAUCGAGAUCUGGAAACUAUAUUAGAUGCCUAUGAACGAAAGAAGCCGUUCUACUUAUAUACUGGUCGUGGUCCAUCAUCAGAAGCUAUGCACUUGGGACAUUUGGUACCAUUUAUUAUGACAAAGUGGUUGCAGGAUGUGUUCAAUGUUCCAUUGGUCAUUCAAAUGACUGAUGACGAAAAGUUUUUAUGGAAAGAUCUCACACCAGAAGAAACCAAUCGAUUGGCACAUGAAAAUGCCAAAGAUAUAAUUGCUUGUGGUCAAUGUCCAAAUUUCUAUAAGAAUAUUUGUCGAAUUCAAAAAUCUGUUACGUACAAUCAAGUCAAAGCCAUUUUCGGUCUCACCAACACGGAUCCCAUUGGAAAAAUAAGCUUUCCUGCUAUUCAAGCGGCUCCAGCUGUAAGCUCUUCGUUUCCGUUUAUAUUUGGUGAGAAUGCUAAAGAAGAACUAUCAUGUCUGAUUCCAUGUGCUAUCGAUCAGGAUCCAUUCUUUCGUAUGACACGCGAUGUUGCAUCUCGUCUCAAUUUUCCAAAAUGUGCUCUACUCCAUUCAGUUUUCUUUCCGGCUCUACAAGGUGCCAAAUCAAAGAUGAGCGCAUCGGACGCGGCAUCGUCAAUUUUUCUCACCGACACACCAACUGAGAUUAAAGAUAAAAUCAAUCGUUAUGCGUAUAGUGGUGGUUGUACAACAGUAGAAGAACAUCGACGAAAUGGUGGCAAUUGUGAUGUCGAUGUUUCUUAUCAAUAUCUCAAGUUUUUCAUGGAGGACGAUGAGAAACUAGAACGAUUAAGGAGCGGUUAUUCAUCGGGUCAACUGUUAACUGGAGAAUUGAAACAAGAAUUGAUUGGUGUUUUACAAAAGUUGAUUGCAGAACAUCAACAACGACGAAAGCAAAUUACUGAUGAACAAGUCAAAGACUUUAUGAGGCCAAGACCAUUGAAGUUCGGAUGA